AUGGAAGUGAAGGAACGCCGGCCCUACCGCUCGCUCACGGCCCGGCAGGACGCGGAGCGCCGCUACACCAGCUCCUCCGCCGACAGCGAGGACGGGAAACCCAACUCCAAGUCCUACAGCUCCAGCGAAACCCUCAAAGCCUUCGACCAUGACUCCAGGAUGGGCUACGGGACCCGUGUCAAGGAAAUCCACCACGAGGUGGACGAGUUCAGCAGACAAGGGGCAGAGUUCUCCCUGCGGGACCUGGGCUUUGGGGAGGCGCUCCCGGCCCACGUGGCCUCGUACCGGAGCGAGGUGGGAAUGCCUCAGCGCGACUAUUCGGUCAGCGUGGGGUCCGACGCCGACACGGAGACGGACGGCGUCCUGUCCCCCGAACACGCGGUCAGACUAUGGGGCCGCAGCAACACCAAGUCGGGCCGCAGCUCCUGCCUGUCCAGCAGGGCCAACUCCAACCUCACCCUGACCGACACCGAGCACGAGAACACGGAGAACGGUCCUCCGCUGCAUUGUUCAUCCUCCUCCUCCUCCUCCUCCCCUGUCGAGCAGCUCCCAUACCCUCCCCCUUCCAUUGCGGCCAAUGAGAAGAGCCGAGGACGGUUGCUAGGCAACUGUGCGGCUCAGCCAGCCCAGGACUCUGACUCUGAGGAUGAGUUUGGCCCCGGUUCAUUCUUAGUUAAAACUGGCUCAGGGACCCUGUUUGCUCCUGCCCCUGGAACUGCCGAUGACGGAGCAUUUCAAAAUCACUCUCGGCUGCGGACGCCUCCUCUCCCCAUCUCCCACUCUCACUCACCCAAUCAUCAGCACCAUGCAGCCUCCAUUAACUCCCUGAACCGGGGCAACUACACCCCCAGGAGCAACCCCAGUCCGGCCCCCACAGACAGCUCCGCUCCCCCCGAAGGCCCCACCAGUGGUCAGGACUCGGGGAGUGCGCAGGAUAACUGGCUCCUCAACAGCAACAUCCCCCUGGAAACCAGGAGCCAGAAUACUCUAAUGUUUAUCAGAGAAGAGCAGGACGCUUGCAGAGAGGGGCAGGGCUCUUACAAAACCAGAAACAUAGCAAAGCAGGCAUUCCUAGAGACUUUACAGGACAACCUGAUAGAGAUGGACGUUCUGGCAUCGGCACGCCGCGAUGCCUCGUUCAGCGACGGGCACUUCCUGUUCAAACCAGGGGGGACGUCACCCAUGUAUUGCACGACCACGCCCGGGUACCCUCUGACCUCCAGCACGGUGUACUCGCCCCCCCCCCGCCCUCUGCCUCGAAACACCUUCUCCCGGCCCGCCUUCAGCCUGAAGAAGCCCUACAAGCACUGCAACUGGAAGUGUGCCGCUCUCAGUGCCAUCCUCAUCUCCGUUACGCUGCUGCUGCUAUUAGCCUACUUUAUCGCCAUUCACCUCCUGGGUUUAAACUGGCACCUGCAGCCCAUGCAGAGACAGAUGUACCAGCUGUCAGAGGACAAUACCAGUGGCCUAAGUUUCCCCACAGAUCUCAGCUUGCCACCUUUAGGCAACACGGGGUUGGAAAUACGUGAUCGCAAGGGAAAAGAUGACAGCAAAUUGGAGGACUUGUUCCCGGAUGACAGCUAUAUAGAUAUGGGAGAGAUUGACGUAGGCCGCAAGGUCGCGCAGCAGAUCCCUCCCGGUAUCUUUUGGAGAUCCCAGGUCUUCAUUGAUCAUCCCAUGUACCUGAAGUUUAAUGUGUCACUCAGCAAAGAUGCCUUAGUGGGAAUAUACGGAAGAAGAGGUCUUCCUCCCUCACACACACAGUUUGACUUUGUGGAGCUUUUGGACGGGCGGCGGCUCUUGGCCCAAGACGUCCGCGGCCUGGAGGGGCCUGUGGCCAUGCAGCGGAGCCUCGUCCCCAUCACCACGCACGACACGGGCUUCAUCCAGUACAUGGACUCGGGCAUCUGGCACCUGGCCAUUUACAACGACGGGAAGGAGACCGAAACCGUCUCGUUCCUCACCACUGCCAUAGAUUCUAUUGAUGACUGUCCCAGUAACUGCUUUGGAAAUGGCGACUGUGUUGAUGGAACAUGCCUCUGCUUUUUAGGAUUCAAAGGACCUGACUGUGGGCGAGCGGCCUGUCCAGUGCUGUGCAGCGGGAAUGGUCAAUACCUUAAAGGUCGCUGCAUGUGUCACAGCGGCUGGAAAGGCUCCGAGUGCGACGUUCCCACCAACCAGUGCAUCGACGUCACAUGCAGCGGCCACGGAACCUGCAUCAUGGGAACGUGCAUCUGCAGCCCCGGGUACAAGGGGGAGAACUGCGAGGAAGUGGACUGCCUGGAUCCGACGUGCUCGGGCCGGGGCGUCUGCGUCCAGGGAGAGUGCCACUGCUUUGUGGGGUGGGGGGGGCCGGGCUGCGAGAGCCCCAGAGCCUCCUGCAUGGACCAGUGCUCCGGACACGGGGCUUUCUCUGCCGAUACCGGGACCUGCAGCUGUGAUCCCAACUGGACCGGCCACGACUGCUCCACAGAGAUUUGUGCGGCGGACUGUGGCGGCCACGGGAUGUGCGUGUCGGGCACCUGUCGCUGUGACGACGGCUGGAUGGGCUCCGGGUGUGACCAGCGGGCGUGUCACCCGCGCUGCAACGAGCACGGCACCUGCCGGGACGGGAAGUGUGAAUGCAGCCCGGGCUGGAACGGAGAGCACUGCACCAUCGCUCACUAUCUGGAUAAGGUAGUGAAAGAGGGCUGCCCUGGUUUGUGCAAUGGAAAUGGUAGGUGCACUCUGGGUAACAAUGGCUGGUACUGCGUGUGCCAGCUGGGCUGGAGGGGCACUGGCUGUGACACCUCUAUGGAAACCGCCUGUAGUGAUGUCAAGGACAACGACGGAGAUGGCCUGGUGGACUGCAUGGAUCCAGACUGCUGUCUGCAGGCCACGUGUCACACCACCACUCUGUGCGUGGGCUCCCCGGAUCCGCUGGACAUCAUCCAGGAGACGCACGUGUCCUCCACACAGAGCAACCUGCAGAGCUUCUACGAGCGAGUGCGCUUCCUGGUGGGCAGGGAGAGCACCCACAUCGUCCCUGGAGCCAACCCCUUCGAUGGCAGCCACGCUUGUGUAAUUCGUGGACAAGUAGUGACCUCAGACGGGACGCCGCUGGUUGGAGUUAACAUCAGUUUCAUCAACAAUCCUUCCUAUGGUUACACCAUCACCAGGCAGGAUGGGAGUUUUGACUUGGUGACCAACGGGGGCGUAGCCAUCGCCCUGCUCUUCGAGCGCGCUCCAUUCAUCACCCAGGAGCACACGCUCUGGUUGCCAUGGGGACGCUUCUUCGUCAUGGACACCGUGGUGAUGCGGCACGAGGAGAACGACAUCCCGAGCUGCGACCUGAGCAGCUUCAGCCGGCCCGGCCCGCUGGUGGCCCCCGCCCCGCUCACCGCCUUCGCCGGGUCCUGCUCCGAACGGGGGACGGUCGUCCCCGAAAUCCAGUCUCUGCAGGAGGAAGUGCCUAUACCAGGAACGGACAUGAAACUGGGCUAUCUGAGCAGCAGGACCCCGGGCUACAAGUCAAUACUAAGGGUGACCCUCACCCACUCCCUUAUCCCUUUCAACCUGAUGAAGGUUCACCUCAUGGUGGCUGUGGAGGGCAGGCUGUUCAGGAAGUGGUUUCCCGCAGCCCCUAACCUCUCCUACGACUUUGUGUGGGACAAAACCGACGUGUACAGUCAGAAAGUGUACGGCCUGUCCGAGGCCUUCGUUUCAGUAGGUUUCGAGUACGAGUCGUGUCCAGACCUCAUUUUGUGGGAGAAGAGGACUGCUGUGCUACAAGGAUACGAGACCAUAGCUUCCAAACUGGGAGGAUGGACAGUAGACAAGCACCACGCUUUGAAUAUCCAGAGCGGCAUCCUUCACAUGGGCAACGGGGAGAACGUGUUCAUCUCGCAGCAGCCCCCGGUCAUCGGCAGCGUGAUGGGCAACGGGCGGCGGCGCAGCAUCUCCUGCCCCAGCUGCAACGGCCUGGCCGACGGGAACAAGCUGAUGGCGCCCGUGGCUCUGGCCUGUGGCUCGGACGGGAGCCUCUACGUGGGCGACUUCAACUACGUCCGCAGGAUCUUCACCACGGGGAACGUCACCAGCGUCCUGGAGCUGAGCAACAGUCCGGCUCAUAAGUACUAUCUGGCCAGCAGUGCUGUGAACGGCGCCGUGUACCUGUCGGACACCAGCAGCAGGAAGGUUUUCAGGGUGAAGUCUCUGAAUAGCGUGAAAGACGUGGCGAAGAACCUGGAGCUGGUGGCGGGCACGGGGGACCAGUGCCUCCCGUACGACGACGCCCGCUGUGGGGACGGAGGAAAAGCCGUGGAGGCCACGCUUAAUAACCCCAGAGGCAUCACGGUGGACAAAUACGGCGUCGUCUUUUUCGUGGACGGGACCAUGAUCCGCAGGAUUGAUCAGAAUGGAAUCAUCUCCACUCUUCUGGGCUUCAAUGACCUGACUUCUGCUCGCCCCCUCAGCUGUGAUGCUGUGAUGGACAUCUCUCAGGUGCGCCUUGAGUGGCCCACAGACCUGGCGGUGAGUCCCAUGGACAACUCCCUCUACGUCCUGGACAACAACGUGGUCCUGCAGAUCUCGGAGAACCACCAGGUCCGGAUCGUGGCGGGCCGGCCCAUGCACUGCCAGGUUCCCGGGAUCGACCACUUCCUCAUGAGCAAAGUGGCCAUCCACGCCACCCUGGAGUCGGCCAAUGCCCUGGCCGUGUCCCACAACGGCGUCCUGUACAUCGCCGAGUCGGAUGAAAAGAAGAUCAACAGGGUCCGGCAGGUGUCCACCAACGGGGAGAUCUCCCUGGUUGCCGGGGCGCCGAGUGGCUGCGACUGUAAGAACGACGCCAACUGUGACUGUUACUCUGGAGACGAGGGCUACGCUAAGGACGCUAAGCUGAACGCGCCCGCCUCCCUGGCCGUGUGUCCGGACGGGGAGCUUUACAUCGCAGACCUCGGGAACAUUCGCAUCCGCUACGUGCGCAAGAACAAGCCCUACCUGAACCCCCUCAGCAUGUACGAGGUCUCCUCUCCCAUUAACGACGAGCUCUAUCUGUUUGACUCCAACGGCAGCCAUAUCUUUACGCAGAGCCUGUCCAGAGGAGACCACCUCUACAAUCUGACCUACACGGGAUCUGGAGAUCUGAGCAGCAUCACGGAUAAGAACAAAAAUACAGUGAUCAUCCGGAGGGAUACGACGGGAAUGCCUCUCUGGCUGAUGGUCCCCGACGGGCAGACCUUCUGGUUCACCAUCGGUACAAACACUGCCCUAAAAACCGUUGCUGCUCAGGGUCAGGAGCUAGCCGUGAUGACCUACCACGGAAGCUCAGGACUCCUUGCCUCCAAGACAAAUGAAAAUGGAUGGACAACCUUUUUUGAGUAUGACAGUUAUGGCCGUCUGACCAACAUCACUUACCCCACCGGCCUGGUCAGCAGCUACCGGACAGACGUGGACAGCUCAGUCCGCGUCCAGGCCGAGGGCUCCAGCAAAGAGGACAUCACAGUGACCACCAACCUGUCAGCUUCUGGCACCUUCUACACGCUUAUGCAAGAACAAGUGCGGAACAGCUACUUCAUCGGUCUGGACGGCUCCCUGAGGCUGGUUUUGGCCAACGGCAUGGAGGUGUCCCUGUACACCGAGCCCCACCUGCUCGCCGGGACCGUCAACCCAACGGUCAGCAGGAGGAACGUGACGCUGGCCAUCGACAACGGCCUCAACCUGGUGGAGUGGAGACAGAGGAAGGAGCAAGCCCGUGGUCAAGUAACUGUGUACGGACGCAGAUUAAGAGUUCAUAACAGGAAUUUGCUCUCGCUGGACUUUGAUCGGAUCACCAGGACAGAAAAGGUCUACGACGAUCACAGGAAGUUCACUUUACGGAUCCAUUACGACCACGCGGGCCGGCCCACUCUGUGGGCCCCAAGCAGUCGUCUGAACGGAGUCAACGUCACCUACUCCUCCGGAGGGCACGUGGCCGGUAUCCAAAGAGGAACCAUGUCUGUACGAAUGGAGUACGACCAGAAUGGCAGAAUCAUCUCCAAGACAUUUGCCGAUGGCAAAUCUUGGACCUACACCUAUCUGGAGAAGUCUAUGGUGCUGUUGCUCUACAGCCAGAGGCAGUACAUCUUCGAAUUUGAUAAAAAUGAUCGCCUCUCCUCUGUGACCAUGCCCAACGUGGCACGGCAGACUCUGGAGACCUCGCGCUCCAUCGGUUACUACAGAAACACCUACCGACCCCCCGAGGGUAACGCCUCGGUGCUCCAGGACUACAGCGAGGACGGACAGUUGCUACAGACCACCUACCUGGGCACGGGUCGCAGGGUCAUCUACAGGUACGGGAAGCUCUCCAAGAUGCUGGAGAUCCUCUACGACACCACACGCAUCGGCUUCUCCUACGACGAAAUGGCAGGCAUGUUGAAAACCGUCAACCUGCAGAGCGAAGGCUUCACCUGCACCAUCCGCUACCGGCAGAUCGGACCCCUGAUCGACCGGCAGAUCUUCAGAUUCAGCGAAGAGGGCAUGGUCAACGCCAGGUUUGACUACGUGUAUGACAACAGUUUCCGAGUCACCAGCAUGCAGGCCGUCAUUAACGAGACCCCCUUACCCAUCGACCUGUAUCGCUACGACGACGUGUCUGGCAAGACGGAGCAGUUUGGGAAAUUUGGGGUGAUCUACUACGACAUCAAUCAAAUCAUAACCACGGCGGUGAUGACCCACACCAAACACUUUGACGCCUACGGCCGGGUGAAGGAGGUCCAGUACGAGAUUUUCCGUUCCCUCAUGUACUGGAUGAUGGUGCAGUACGACAACAUGGGCCGCGUGGUUGCCAAGGAGCUGAAAGUCGGGCCGUACGCCAACACCACGCGCUACACCUACGAGUACGACGCCGACGGUCAGCUCCAGGUGGUCUCCAUCAACGACAAGCCCCUCUGGAGGUACAGCUACGACCUAAAUGGCAACUUGCACCUGCUCAGCCCUGGGAACAGCGCCCGCCUGACCCCUCUGCGCUACGACAUCAGAGACCGCAUCACCCGCCUGGGCGACGUCCAGUACCGGAUGGACGAGGACGGCUUCCUUAGGCAGCGGGGAAACGACUACUUUGAGUAUAACUCGGCUGGCCUGUUGACCAAGGUGUACAACAAAGUGAGCGGCUGGAGCAUUAGAUACCGCUACGACGGUCUGGGCCGGAGGGUUUCCAGCCGGAGCAGCAUGGGCCACCACCUCCAGUUCUUCUACGCGGACCUGUCCAGCCCCACCCGGGUCACUCACAUGUACAACCACUCCAGCUCGGAGAUCACCUCCCUGUAUUACGACCUGCAGGGACACCUGUUCGCCAUGGAGUUGAGCAGCGGGGACGAGUUUUACGUGGCGUGCGAUAACAUAGGCACGCCUCUGGCGGUCUUCAGCGGGUCGGGACUCAUGAUCAAGCAGAUCCUCCACACGGCGUUCGGGGAGGUUUACCUGGACACCAACCCUAGCUUCCAGAUCAUCAUCGGCUACCAGGGCGGGCUGUACGAACCCCUCAGUAAGCUAGUCCACAUGGGCAAACGGGACUACGAUGUCCUGGCCGGCCGCUGGACGACGCCGGACCAUGAGAUCUGGAAACGCCUGAACAGCAACCACAUCGUUCCCUUCAACUUGUACAUGUUCAAGAGCAACAAUCCUCUGAGCAAUAACGAGGAGACAAAGUGCUACAUGACAGAUGUGAACAGCUGGUUGGUGACCUUUGGCUUCCAGCUGUACAACGUCAUCCCCGGUUAUCGCAAACCAAACACGGAGGCCAUGGAACCGUCCUACGAGUUGGUCCGCACCCAGAUCAAGACCCAGGAGUGGGACAGCACCAAGUCUCUGCUGGGCGUCCAGUGUGAGGUCCAGAGGCAGCUGAAGGCCUUCGUGAAGCUGGAGCGCUUCGGUCAGAUCUACCGUUCCCGCGGCGCCGGCUGUCCUCAGACGGAGGACCGGAAGGUCUUCGCCUCGGGGGGCUCCAUCUUCGGCAAAGGCGUGAAGUUCUCGGUGCGGGACGGGCGGGUCAGCGCGGACAUCAUCAGCCUGGCCAACGAGGACGGGCGCCGCAUGGCCGCCGUGCUGGACGGCGCCCUCUACCUGGAGGACCUGCGCUUCACCGUGCGGGGCGUGGACACGCACCACUUCGUGAAGCUGGGCCCGGUGGAGGGCGACCUGGCGCUCAUCGGCAUGGCGGUGGGCCGCCGCACGCUGGAGAGCGGCGUGAACGUGACGGUGGCGCAGGUCAACGCCGUGCUGGCCGGCCGGACGCGCCGCAUCACCGACAUCCGCCUGCAGUUCGGCGCGCUGAGCCUCAACACGCGCUACGGCGGGAGCCUGGACGAGGAGAAGGCGCGCGUGCUGGAGUCGGCGCGGCAACGGGCCGUGGCCCAGGCCUGGGCCCGCGAGCGCCAGAGGCUCCGGGACGGGGAGGAGGGCUCGCGGAGCUGGACCGAGGGCGAGAAGCAGCAGCUUCUGGGCUCCGGGAAGGUGCAGGGCUACGACGGCUACUACGUGGUCUCCGUGGACCAGUACCCCCAACUGGCCGACAGCGUCAACAACAUCCACUUCAUGAGGCAGAGCGAGAUGGGCCGCAGGUGA